UGGAUCACAAUUCUUCAUAGAGGUGUAGCAGUGUGGGAUGACACCGCCAGAACUACAAAGCCUGCUCCUCAUUUAGAUGGGAAACAUGUAGUAUUCGGUCAGGUUGUCAGCGGUCAGGAGAUUGUCAAACAGAUAGAAAACCUCGAUACUGACAAGAAAAACCGUCCCUCAGUCCCUGUAACAAUAGCUAACAGUGGAGAGUUGGUAUUACAGCCUAAAGCAAAAGGUAAAAAGAAGAAAAGUGUUGCCGAGUCGGAAAAGGAGUCUGAUUCUGCAGAGUCGAGCUCUGAAUUGGAUUCUAGUGACUCUGAACAAGUGAAAAAGACGAAGAAAAAGAAGAAAAAAGAAAAGAAAAAAUCCAAGAAAAAGAAAAAAGAGAAGAAAAAGAAGAAGCAAAAACAGUCUAGUUCAGAAGAUGAAGGGGAGAUCAAGAAAGAGGAAGAAUCUAGUACAGUAUAUGGUAAUAUACGUCCUGAGGAAAUUCCCGAUGUCCCUAGUAACAAGUUUCUGUCUAGGGAUAGGCAAGACAUGGAUCAACCUGGCAAAGAGAAUCAGAGGGAACAAUCGAGGUCAAGGAUACGAUACACAUCCAGCGGAGAUAAGAUAAAGGGGAGAGGAACUAUUCGUUUUCACAGAAGUUGGAGUCGUGAAAGAAGUGCCACUCCGCCACAUUGGCGCAGAGAGCAGCAGCGUGCCAAACCAAAGGGGCAAGACAAUAAUAGAGAGGCUCAAGGUCAAGGCCGGUGGGAAAGAGGUGAUCGCAUGGAGCGAGAACAGCCACCGAACAGAAGAGGUGACCGGAUGGAAAGGGACCAAUUGGAUCGCAGAGGGGAACGCAUGGAGCGUGAUCAACAAGAUCGUCGGUUUAGGGAAGACAGACCUAACAGGGCGGAGUUGAGGGACAGGUUAGGGCGGAGGGAAAGGGAAGGAAGAGGGCAACAAGAUUUGAGAGAUAAGUUUCAGCGUGGUAGAGAUAGGAGCAAUAGUGACAGUGAAGGAGAACAAGACAAAAGGAGGGACAAGAAGAAAAAAGAUAAAAAGGGAGAUAAAUCUAGAAGAGAUAGCAGCAGUGAGGGUUCAGAUUUAGAUGUUUCACAAAGAAAUGGGAUGGAUUCUGGUCGUGGGGGCAAUCGUGAUCCGGAAAAAAUUGAUUUGAGAGACCGAAUCCGGAAAAAACAGCCUGAAGAGGAACGUGUGCCAAGUAGACGUCACCAGGGCACCGAUUCAUCAUCUGAAGAGGGUGAAAUACACGAUCGACGUCACAAUGACGAUAAAGAGGAUUCGGAGUCUGAAACAGAAAAGCUUCGUAGAGCGGCAUUAGCGUCGCGCCUCACAAGAACAGUACAACUGAAGAAAGGAUCUCCAUCUCGUAAGGUGCAAGUGAAGAGAGGCGAUACCUCGGAUUCAGAUUCGGAGAAAGAAGCCUCGAAGGGUAAGAAACAUUCAAGGUCAAGUUCAUCUGAAGAUGAACCCAGGAGAAAUGUUACAGUUUCAAGUAAAUUGGUUGAACAAAAAAAGGCUCCUGUAGCGAGGGAAAGACGCCGAAAGUCUAGGUCUCCCUCUUCUUCACCAGAACCGCCCCAAGAAAAAGAGGUCAAAGAUCAAGAUCGCCA